GCGGGCGCGAAACACGGGGCACCCGCCACGCGCCAGUUUUGGGGUUAACUUACUCCGCCUGUCAGACACGUCGAGCGAGUGUUUUCGUCGGCGGCCGACUCCGCCAAUCUCACCGACCCCGUCCACGUGCGCGAUUCGACGACGACGACGACGGCGACGACGUCGACGACGGUGCGAAUGUCGCUCAUCGGCACGGUGUAAUACGUUGCGCAAACAUCGCCCUCGUCGGAUAGCUGACGUCGAGAGAUUUAUAACACACGCACGCCGUUGUAUCCGCGAGAGAGCCUGACGAAGAUUUAUAGAAAUGAGCUGGCGUAGAAUAUUUCGGAAUACGGAAUGCAUUCCCGUGAGUCAUAUGUUUUGAAAGCGGCUUUCGGCUGUGAAUGUUGAAACACGUACCUAUAUACACACACGUUGAAUUCGAUGGACAGGGAGUUGCAGGAACGAAUCCCGACUCCCCGUCCGAGUGUUAUUCUUCCUCGCAUGGGCGUCAGUAAUUUCAAUGAGCACUAAGGGCUCGAGUGAGGCGAGAUCAAAAAUUAUAGAAAUCGCUGGCGGCCGAGAGGUAUUCUCGCAGAGCCGAGGGAAGGUGGCAGCUAGAAAGUCGCGAUUUCUGGCCGCGUCAAAUUCCAUAAAUAACGAGGACAUUCAAACUGAUAAUAAGCUGUCGGUUAAGAAGAAUAACAAGUCCCCGAACUCGCAGACCAUAUGGGAGUUACGAAGCCGAUGCGGUGAGACCAGGAAGCAACGUGCGAAUCGAGAAGUGACGGAGACCGUGUUCGCCUCCGAGGUGCACUCGGUGCGGCGCAACGCCGCGAAAUCCAUUCUCGAUUACGACUCGCCCAAGAGCAACCGCAGCAAUCGCAUAAUCAGCUACGAUUCAAUCUUGAAUAGCAAUAAUGUAGAGUACACGGUACCGAAAAGUAUUACCGAUCUGGACUAUGGAUUACCAAAGAGCUGCGUAGACUAUCAGUCGAAUCACAACACUCCCGCGAGAAGUAUGGCCAUCGUCAGCGACGGCGAGGUCGUGGUGUUCGACGAUAUCGACGACAAUUGGCAGGGGCUGCGGCUGGACUUGGCGUCGAGCAAUACGAAUCAGGUUACGACGACGAGCCUGGACCUGGAGACGGAUGGGGACUCGCAGAGGGGUCGCGUCGCCCCGGAGCCGCCGAGUUCCAGCGUCGGGAGUACUCCCAGUCCUACGACGGCAUAUCAUCGCAAUACUUCGGAAUUUUUCAAAGUUGUCACGCCAGCGAGCGACUGCGAGGCAGACUCGCCCUCUCCGGAACGUAAUCACAAAGUCGCGAGAGUGAUCGGUGAAUUGCCGAUCGCCCAGUACUCCGGCAGUCCGAGACGUUAUGGAGUACGCGAAAAUACCCAGCUUCCUAGCUUAAUGUCGUCACCUUCUGUGUACAUGACACCGAGGCCUGGUUUCCCGCAAAGAGUAUUGCCAACAACACCAAAUCACAAUGAGAAGGAAGACAUCUCUGCAGAAAUCGUGGUAGACCAGACUGUGAUAGAAAAUAUUAGCACCGAUGAUCAGCCUAUAAAUCCCUCGUCUCCGUCGCCAAAGGCCGAAGAGGAAGAGGAGGACUCUUUAAAGCCGUCGACUUUGCCGGCUGAUAAUAUAAGCAGUCUUGUCUCGCCGGGUGGUAGCACCUUCGACUAUUUGUACGAAUUUUCAGAGACGCGGAAAGUGCUGGAGGAAUUCUUCAAAUGCCCGGCGCCGACGAAAGAGAAGGAAAACAAUAUCGAAUCCUUUCCUUUCCAAGAUCUCGAUUAUGAAUUACGGCGGCAAGGUGGAAGUGCGUAUGUUGGCCAGCGAUUAGCCAGCGGUCCACCCGCAACGGAGGAGGUUAUGGUACACGAGUCUCCUAAGAAGCAACGGGCGGAAUUUCCCCAAAAUACAGGUGAACACGAAAACAAUUUCCUGGACCUCUCGGUAGGUACUGGCAGCAGUGAAGAUCUUGGCGAGACCGAGGUCGGUUUGCAAGUGGGACACUCGCGCAAUUUUACACUGAGCCCGGAGACGACCGACUGCGACAGCAAUUGCGGCGACUUGGACAGCGAGGUGUCCCUCAUGAUGAUGGAUAACGAAUUGAUGCCGGCAAGUGGCCUUCUCGGAUCGGUCGGCGAUUUGGGGAACAAUUCGGAUUCCCUGAGAAUAUACACUAGCAUGCCGGUGCUGGAGGACGGCCUGUCCAGCGGACACGCGAGCGACACUGACAACAAUAAUCCCACUGUGAUGCUCAUGAAACGGCAGAUAAACGAGAUCGAGAAGGAGAUCAUACAGCGAACUCGUAACGACAUGCUGGGCACGAGCGAGAACGACUCCGGGAAGGACGUCAGUCUGAAUGUGACGAAGGAUAUUUUGCACACGCUGAAGACCACGUCCCCCGAUCUGUUUAUCGCGAAGAAGGAGAACUCGUACGACACGAACGAGCUGCAGCUCGACGGGUUGGAUCCGCUGGGCACGCCGCCGCCGCCGGCGCCUCAAGGCCGGCAGAGUGUGUCCUUGGAUGUAAAUUGCGGCGAGGUGGAAGCGGCCAUCAAAGACAUUAGAAUGGCCCUGCAAAGGACUAAAACUCUACCUGUGAAAUCGCCGUCGGAAGAGCCACCGGAGCCGAGCGUUAGUCCGAUAUGGAUACCAAGUAUAAUGGAUGGCAGGCGGAGAGUCUGUAUGGAAAGCAAUAGCGAAGAAUCUGAUGCGCGUCGUAUAGGUGACGAGGCCGAUGUGGAAAUUGAGGAGUGCCCGGACGAGGAGGAGGCGGAUACCGAUCUCGAAACGGAUCGGUUGCUCGGGCAACAGAGAACGGACGAUCAAGGAUUUUACGACGACAAGGGGUGGAGGAAGCCUAAGACUAGGACUAUGUUACCACCAAUGAAUGCGAAAGUCGCUACUCCAAAGCAAACCCCUCCCAAAUCUUUGAGUGUCGCCCCGAUAGAAACGCUAGCGCCUUCCGAGCCCAUACCCUCGACGUCUGCCUCGAUCUCCCCUCCUCUCGUAGUGUCUGUUAUACAAUCGUCGUCUUCUAACGAGUGCGAAGUAGCCACUCCCGCGCAACCUACAUCGAGUCCGCAGAAGACCCCAGUCAAAAACUCCCCCUCAUCCCCUCAGAGCCUCAAGGAAUCCAACAACAAGGUGAAAAAGGACAAGGAGGGAAAGAAGAAGAGCAGAAACAAAGAAGACUUGUUGGAUGAUCCGUCAGUGUUGAUCGAAGGUGUCCUGUUCCGCGCGAGGUACUUGGGAUCUACGCAAUUGGUAUGCGAAGGUCAGCCGACGAAGUCGACCCGCAUGUGCCAGGCGGAGGAAGCCGUUUCCAGAAUAAAGGAUGAUGGGCCAGUGCCGAUGCAGGCAACACUCUUAAACUAUGGGGGGCAGCAUGGGUAUGGUCGCUGCAGCAUUGCCUCGCAAGGAAGCCUAGAGGAAGACGAUUGCGACUCGAGCGAAGAACUUAUAGGAAGCGCUUCUGGUGGGGGCCAGUCCGAGUCGCAAGCGCUUGGGGCCCAGCCGAAACUGGCCCCGAUCAGUAGUGGCUGCUUGGGGCCCACAACCGUUUUCAGACUACAGUUUCUCGGGUCGGUGGAGGUGGAAGAGGAAGGGGGACGUAAACGGCGUAAGCGCCUUAAGAACCACAUGGUGGAGGAGGCUGUGACAAAAAUAAAGGCGCUGGCACCGGACGGUGACACUCAGCCAAGCACGGAGGUAGAUCUCUUCAUCUCGACGGAGAAGAUCAUGGUUCUCAACACCGAUCUGAAGGAGAUCAUGAUGGAUCACGCGUUACGCACGAUUUCGUACAUAGCGGACAUCGGUGAUCUGGUAGUGCUGAUGGCACGGCGACGCUUCGUGCCGCACGAAAUGGAAGAGGUACCAAAGAUCAACCGAACUCCGAAGAUGAUAUGCCACGUUUUCGAAAGCGAGGAGGCUCAAUUUAUAGCACAAAGUAUCGGACAAGCAUUCCAAGUAGCUUACAUGGAGUUCCUAAAGGCAAACGGGAUAGAGGAUCAUAGCUUCGUUAAGGAGAUGGAUUACCAGGAGGUGCUCAAUUCGCAGGAGAUAUUCGGCGACGAGCUGCAGAUGUUCGCGAAGAAGGAGAUGCAGAAAGAGGUAGUGGUACCGAAGGCGAAGGGAGAGAUCCUCGGUGUUGUGAUCGUUGAGUCCGGAUGGGGCUCGAUGCUGCCAACCGUAGUCAUAGCGAAUCUGGCGCCGGCCGGUGCCGCCGCACGUUGCGGCCAGCUUAACAUUGGCGAUCAGAUAAUAGCGAUUAACGGCGUAUCGUUAGUCGGCCUGCCUUUGUCCACGUGUCAGACUUACAUAAAGAACUCGAAGAAUCAAACGGUCGUCAAGCUGACUGUCGUGCCGUGUGCACCUGUGGUCGAAGUGAAAAUCAAGAGACCCGACACGAAGUAUCAGUUAGGAUUUAGUGUACAGAACGGGGUGAUAUGUAGUCUAUUGAGGGGUGGUAUCGCCGAGCGGGGCGGCGUACGAGUGGGCCAUAGGAUAAUUGAAAUCAAUAAUCAGAGUGUUGUUGCUGUACCGCACGAAAAGAUUGUUAAUCUCCUGGCUACGUCAGUGGGAGAGAUUCUGAUGAAAACGAUGCCCACGUCGAUGUUUAGGCUGUUGACCGGCCAGGAGUCUCCGGUGUACAUAUAAAAAGCGUUCAGUUGCCUGGCUGAUGCGUAGUGAACAGACAAUACAUCCACCAUCCACUACCGUACUAUCCGCUACCUACCUUUUACUGUACAGGUUAUUCUAUGCAAGUCGCUUUGUGUUUUCGAUUCUUAUGGGACGAUUCGAUACAUUUGCCAGCUCCUGCUUAGUAAACGAGACCUACAUAGGUACGUCGCAGAAACGUUACUAAAUAUCUAUACUCAAGCAUAAUUUAUAUGAUUAUCAAUUAUUGUAAGAGAUAUACGUAUAGUACUAAUCAAUGGGAUUCUCUGUAACAUAAAUAUGUUCCCUGAAAUAUCUUGCGAGAUAUAUUGUUUCAAUCGCCGGCCGCGAUUGCGUUACGUCGAUGCCGGUGGUUCGAUUUGUUGUCUGAACGGUGCAAAAAUUGCGGCGAAAUUGCCGCGAUUUGCUCAGGCGUUUGAUUUAUUACGUGUCUUAGCGAAACGACGGCGGGAGGGGGGGAGGGGGAGAAAAAUAUUGAUUUUCAGUACGCAAGUGGAUGUUACAGAGAAUCGCGUUAUUCGCGCCAAGGAAGAUGAUAGGUGAUGCAAAUGAUGCAGAGUUGCACACAUGAUUAUAAAUAGCACAAAGCUCUUUACCAACAGCUGGAGCAGGGCUGGAACUGUAUAUUACGUAGUUUAAUGACGUAGUAAUAUUUAUAAAAAGGAUCUCCCUCUAUCUCUCUGUGGAGACACUUUAAGCUAAAGCGUUUAUUUAAUCUUUUUUAUCCUUAAGGCCGGCGAAUACUUGCGGCGCGACGCCCCGAGUGUAUUAAUUUGUACUAAAAAUUACUAUCUACCGUAGUAGACUUCGGACGCGUAAAAUCUCGUGAUAAACAACGCCAUAGUAAUUAUAUAGAAGAGCACAGUGAUGUAUUCUGUACGAGAGGGAUUUUUUUUUAAACGACAGUAGAUUAAUUCGUUUUGCAAUACCGUUUAAGCUGACUUUCGGCAAGAGGUAAAAAUUAAUUGCGUGUUCGUCGAAUAUACACGGAAAUGUCAGUGGACACAAAAUGUUGAUUCGUUGACAUCCAUGUAUGCCUACAUAUCGCUUUAUCUGAUGCUAUAAUACUCACCUGUACCGAAGAUGAAAUCGUAACGCGGCACGUUCACAUCGCACGAUAUUAUUUUUCGAAGCGACGUUUAAAGGUCCUUCAUAUUAUGCUUCGUAAACGGCUAUCACUCGCGAGAAAGUAGACAAUUAAAAAAAAAGUUAAGUUUUAUUUGCUCCGAAUAUUGCGAUAUUCGUAAGUGCACAAUUUUCUAACAUUUGAAGUUAGUAUGCAUUUUUCGGGAAAAUAUGCGUGUGUGCGUGUGUGUAUUUGCGUAAGAUUUGUUUCUCGCGGAUGAUAGUCAACUGUAAGCUUGCAAAAGUCAUCUUGUCCCCAGUAUGUUACAUUAAUCGUUCGCUUCUUCGAUCACAUAUUGAUAAAUGUUGAGAAAUGGCUGUGUAUUUAAGAGUCUAGAUUUUAUAGACGUAAGAUCGCACUCGAUUUAGGCACUUUAGAGUAGAGACCUUUAAAUUUUGCAACAUACACUUUACGUCCUUUAGCUCUCUCUUUCUCUCUCUCUCUCUCUCUUUCUUCCUCUCCUUUUCGUCUCUUGAUAUUUUAUAAAUUUUCCGCUCGUUUCAAUAGAAAUUCAACAUCACUUUCAUUGAAUCCUUAACUGUAAUUAAAUCUUUAUCUUAAAAUUCAUGGUACAUACGUGCUGCUCAUAAUACUAUCACUGACAAUUGUUUAAAUACUUAUCGAUUAGAUAUCUUCACGUCUUACGAAAAUUUUCUCACGCCAUUCCAAAGAAAUCUCAAUUUAGAAAAUAGUGUUUUCAAGUGAUCUCAUCUCGUUUUAAAGAUUUCUAUGAAGGAUUGGUGAAGAACGCUUUAAAAAUCUUUCUAUCGAUCUAUUCCUAUCUACCGAUCUAAUUUAGCGGAAUGGAGUUCCUUUUUAAUUACACUUGUUUUUCGCGUUCGUAAAAGUUUAGUUGAUAAAGAUAAUCCUAAUUAAUCGUAAAAAGGCUUGUAGACGGCACCUUACCCGUAUCGGCUUGCAGUAAGUCUUCACUCACCAUGUAUAAUACUUACAUAUAAAAUAUGUAAAUUGUGCUCGACUUAAUGUGGCUUCACUGGAUAUAGGCAUACAAAAUGAAAUCUAGCUUCUCCCGACUCAUGUAACUCUUCUCGUCAAUGGAAAGUUUCUUCUAAAAUAUAACAGACUGACUCACUUCUAUGUGUGUAACCCAAUAAGAUAAAAAAAAUUACUAAUUCCAGGGAAAACGUGACUCUCUACAGUCGUACUACUAGAAAAGUAUAAAAGAAGAAAAAAUACGUUCUCUUCUAUAUAAAUACUAUAUGCCAUACUAAUCUAAGUUUUAUCUAUUUUUGCUGAAAAUUUCUCACCUUCGAGCUAUUCUGCUUCAAAUAUCAAGAAGUGUGCGAUGACAAACUUUGAGAUUCCUGAUGUCUGAUAUAAAAUUUCAAUGCCAAAGUACAUUAAGUAGUGAGGCGUAAAAACGACGGAACGGCGCAUAAAUUUUCGACAAACUGAAAAAUUAUUCAGUCAUUUUGUCACAGGAUGUGCGAUUUAUUUAAGGAACGAUGUAUCUUAAUUUGCGCAAAAAGUCUAAGCCUGUGUUGUCUACACUUCACACGUCAUUUAGGUAUACAGGGCAUUUAAAGAGAAAGCGUUCAUAGGAUUAAGUAGGACGUUUAAAUAAAUAUUACGUAUGUAAAAGGUAUCUAAUAAAUAUGAAGAAAAUUAUCCUUUCGGAGAUAGAACCAAUUAGGUCGCGCUCGACGUUGUCCGACAUCGAGAAUUGUUUCUAUCUGUAGAAAGAUCAGAUUUUCGAGAUAUGUUAAUUAAACGUCUUUCUCUUUCAACGAGUACGCUCUCCAAAGUCUUGAACUCUUCUUUUUUAAACGGCCCGGUAUAAGUCAUAGAAUUUGUGUUCACAUAGUGUCAUAAUGCGUACUGUAAAAAAUAAAGUCAUACUUGUUUAAAUGACGAGGAACGCUAAUUUUGUAACAAAUAAACUAGAAUUUAAUUUUGGAAGGUUCGAACAUGUGUUAUGGGCAUCUCUUUCUGCUUUGUCGACACAUAAUAGCGGACAUGGAUCUCUUCGUAUCUAAAUUUAAGUCGAUUCUUCGAUUACACUCUAUGUUCAAGGAUCUCUUGAUUUGCCAUAGACACGAUAUUUCCUACGGGACAAUUCUCUGUGAGGCGCGUGGAUAGAGAGCAUGUAUAUAAAAAAAAAAAAAAUUUCGUUGUCUAUGAUAUUUAGUGAUGUAAAAGCGAAAGUAAGGCACGAUGCCGUAAAUCGUUGCGCACAGAAAGCCUCGUGAGGAUAGUUACGUGAGAAAUGUCACGAAAUAUAUAUAUAUAUAUAUAUAAAUAUAUGGUAAUUCCAUUACUUCAUUGAGGACGGGUGUAGCGAAGCAUAUUACGAUAUUGCAUAUCAUGGAGAACCGAUAUAUCAUUGAGGAGAGACCUUCAUUCAUCGCGGACAAAAUAUCUAAAUACGCAGAAAGUAUUAUCUCUUUUGCCGGAAUCACCAGAGUCUAGAAUAAAUCGUGACCUAUAUACGUUAGGGUAAUGAAUUUUGGCAUAGAAAUUUUAACCAUAUAUAUUCGACGAGCAACACAGAGCGGUAUGAAUAUAAUAUAUGGGAUCAAACAAGAUGUGUUAUAUAUUGGGUGGCUGAAACUUAUCUAGUCAUUACGCUAAGAAUAAGAUGAAUAUAUAUAUAUAAAUAUAUAAAUAAAGAAAAGUAUAUAUAUAUAUAUACAUAAGUUAAUACUCAGCCAUCGCAAGCCACCCUGACUGAAUGUGUCUAGCCACAUUUUAAUAAUGAACAUCUGCAACUUGUACUGUCACUCUGGCCUUGCGUGGUCAUUACUUGUACGUUCGUUAGAGAUGAAACGUAAUAUUAUUAAAUCGUCAUUAUUACAGUCUUCGUUCGUUAACUCAAAUUUUAUAUUAAAAAAAACCAAUAGCUUUUUUUUAACAAUAGCUUAACAACUUAAAGGCAUAUAAGUUAUUAAAUUAUGGCUUAUUGAAGUAUUCACGAGCAUAAUAAUUAAUAAAUAUUUAGGCUCAUUUGACAUUAUCUGUUGAUAUUCUAUUGAUAUUCUUCACUCUAAAUUCGUUUUCUAUAGAAUUCUUUUCUAGAUUUUCUACGAUUGUUGGCAAAUUAUAUUAUAUAUGAACGAAUGCGAGGAGAGGAGAUCUAGUAAACUUGUUCCGUUUAUAUAAAUUUAAAUAAGCAUACAGUUCGUCGAAAUGAGGAGGUUUCGUCGUGUAAUUAUUUCCAAGCGUUGCAAGACAUUUGUGUCACAACUCUUUAACAAGGACACUGACGGAUAAUGUCUGAUUUAACGAUGAAUAUUUCGUUGAUGACAAAGCAUGUUUUGCAUCAUCGAGCCUUACAAAAUGAAGAAUGAUGAUCGUGCAAAGUCAGUAUGAAUGGUAGAAAAAAAAAAAUUCCCAAAUUGCAGUCAGAAUCGUUAUGAAGUAAUUGAGAAAGAGCCCAGCCAUUCAUAAUAAAUAAAAAUAAUUAUAUCUUACACACACACAUAUAUAGAGCUUGCGCUGUAGCUUCACCAGUCAUGAAACAUGCUACAAGAUAUCAUGACUGUCUUUAUCAAUGUUUGUGAGUGUAUAAUAAGUUAUAUAAACUAUAAGUGAGCUAUUGAAUGUGUAUAUGGUAUAUGCUAGUCCAUAUUAAGAUACAAUAAAAUGUAAUUUUGAAUUCAAA